GGGCAGGGAGCAGGGAGGGAGCGAGCGAGCGCCGAGAGGCACCUGGACGCCCGGAGCCGCCGCCGCCCGGCCAUGACCUGGGCGCUGCUCCUCGGGCUCCUGGCCGCGCUGCUGCUGCUGCUGCUGCUGAGCCGCCGGCGCACGCGGCGACCUGGCGAGCCUCCCCUGGACCUGGGCAGUAUCCCCUGGUUGGGCCAUGCCUUGGAGUUUGGAAAAGAUGCUGCCAGCUUCCUCACAAGGAUGAAAAAGAAGCAUGGUGAUAUCUUUACUGUGCUGGUGGGUGGCAGGUACGUCACUGUCCUCCUGGACCCGCAUUCCUAUGAUGCGGUGGUGUGGGAGCCUCACUCCAAGCUGGACUUCCAUGCCUAUGCUGUCUUCCUCAUGGAGAGGAUUUUUGAUGUGCAGCUUCCACAUUACAGCCCCAGUGAUGAAAAGGCCAAGAUGAAACCGACUCUCCUCCACAAGGACCUCCAGGCACUCACGGACUCCAUGUAUGCCAACCUCCGCACUGUCCUGCUGGGUGACACCACAGAAGCCGGCAGUGGCUGGCAUGAGAUAAGUCUCCUGGAUUUCUCCUACAGCUGCCUGCUUAGAGCUGGCUACCUGACUCUGUAUGGAGUGGAAGCUCUGCCACGUACCCACGAGAGCCAGGCCCAGGACCGUGCCCACUCAGCUGAUGUCUUCCAUACCUUCCGCCAGCUAGACCUGCUUCUCCCCAAACUGGCACGUGGCUCCCUGUCAGCAGGGGAUAAGGACCAAGCGUGCAGAGUCAAAGGUCGCUUGUGGAAGCUGUUGUCACCAGCCAGGCUGGCUACACGGGCCCACCGGAGCAACUGGCUGGAGAGUUACCUGCUGUACCUGGAGGAGAUGGGCGUCUCGGCAGACAUGCAGGCCCGGGCUCUAGUGCUGCAGCUCUGGGCCACACAGGGGAAUAUGGGACCUGCUGCCUUCUGGCUUCUGAUCUUCCUCCUCAAGAAUCCUGAGGCCUUGGCUGCUGUCCGUGGAGAGUUCGAGCAGCUCCUCUCCAGAGCAGAGCAGCCCAUUUCACAGAUGACCACCCUCCCCCAGAAGCUUUUGGACAACAUGCCUGUGCUCGAUAGCGUGCUGAGUGAGAGCCUCAGGCUCACCGCUGCGCCCUUCAUUACCCGGGAGGUCAUGGUGGACCUGGCCAUGCCCAUGGCAGACGGGCGGGAGUUCAGCCUGCGACGUGGAGACCGCCUCCUCCUCUUUCCCUUCCUGAGUCCCCAGAAAGACCCAGAAAUCUACACAGACCCUGAGGUGUUUAAAUAUAACCGAUUCCUGAACUCUGAUGGGUCAGAGAAGAAAGACUUUUACAAGGACGGGAAGCGACUGAAAAAUUAUAGCAUGCCGUGGGGAGCUGGGCACAACCAGUGCCUGGGGAAGGCUUACGCCAUUAGCAGCAUCAAACAAUUCGUGUUCCUUGUGCUGGUGCACUUGGAUCUGGAGCUGAUCAACCCAGACAUGGAGAUCCCAGAGUUCGACCUCAGCAGGUACGGCUUCGGGCUGAUGCAGCCGGAACAUGACGUGCCUGUCCGUUACCGCACUCGACCAUGAGCUCCAGGAGCAGACAGGGCUUCACACACUUGCCUCCACCCAGCCAGCCCCUCAUCACCCAGCUUCCCAUGUCUGCGUCUGCCCUGGGUGCAGGAGCUUUGAACACCCAAUGAGGCCAGCAUGACCACUUUCCUGAUUUUUUCCUAGAAGGCUGUGUCUGGUGGAGGGGAAUGAAGGCAAGGUGAGAGGAGGAGGAUGGAUAAAGGACACCAAAAGCUCUAUGAAUUAAUUGUCUGCUGCUAUGGUUGAGUUCCAAAAUGAGUCUCUUUCUGCUCCCAGCUUCCCUUGUUCCCUCCCCCGCAACCCCUUACCCCCACCUUAUGAUAUCCACAAAAGCUGGGGCAGGCAGGGCAGAAGCAGGAGUCCCUACUGCUUUGCCCUAGCUCCCCAAGAUGCCAAGUCCUUAACGAUGCAAUGGUCCAGGCCCCAGCCAAUCAAAGCAGAUGCUGGCCAUGAAAGGGUCAAUCAGGGUCUCAUAGUCAAAGCAGAUGCUGGCCAUGAAAGAGUCAAUCAUGACCUCACAGGGUAUCUAUUGAAAUAAGCUGUGUCCCCAAAUUAUUAUUAAACUAGCCAACACCAAAGGAGUCCCUUGGAAUAUCUCUUCCCUGGGUGCCCCAUUCACUAGACACUUCCUUCAUCUCUCCAUUCACAUCAACACUUGAGAAAAUUCAGCAAGGUUUUCCCAAAGGCUAAUGCAAAGGUGGAGAUCGUGAGUCCCCUCCAAAGACUGGUCUCUGAGUAGAAGUCUCUGUUCUAGACGUAUGCACUACAGAUGGGAGAGCUUUCCCAGUGUCGGGUCUUGAGUAGGAAAUAAGAAAGGCAACCCCAACAGGAUGGCCCCGAUGGAAGGAACCAGCCAGGGCUCCUUGGAAUGGUCAAGCCAAAAAAAAAAGAGGUUUUGGUAUUCUGCAUCCUAGCUUGGAAGCUCCAGCUGUAGCAUGAUCCAUUGGCAGACCUGUUUUGUUUGGCUUACACUUCUGAAAAAAUAUAUUAGUUGUUAUGUCAUCUUUGAGAGAGUUCAUUUAAAAUGUCCAGCUUCUCUCGAAAACUUGGAAGAUCUGGCCACACUGAGCCUGUAUUCCCAAGAGCAACUGUUGGCCACAGCUGAGCAGCAGCCCAUUCCCUUAUCCAGGGAGAGUGCAUGCUGCCUCACUAGGGUUUCCACUUGGUGGAAAUUGUUCUUCCUGCUUCUCUAUUCACAAUCCCUCCUGGCCCUGAAGGCAUUCCAGUUUGAGAAUCCAGGUCUAACUCUUAGGAAGGAUACUGUAGGAGGUGUCAGGAACCUACUCAUUUGUCCUCAGACCAGUGGUCCACCCUAUCCUGGAUACACUGCUGUUUAAACAAACAGAUCAAGGAUGAAAAUUUGCCUUUGUAUCAGCCCUAGGGGGGAAAAAAAAACAAGUCAGAGAGAAAAACUGCCUGGAAGCCUUUAUUAUGAUGUUAAGUAGUAUUAUUCACGUUAGGUCCUGUAUAUUGAGGACCCUCUAAAUGCCUGUGACAGGAGCAGUUUAGAUACAGGAUUUGUGCUUCUCGCUGCAUCUCUGUGAAGAGAGGACGGUGACGCCUUUAUAAGAUGAGGAAACGGGCUCAGAGAGGUAACGCGUUGGUAGGAUUUGGCGGAAUUAUGGUCCCAGUAGCACAUGCUAGAUGGGCAGCUCUGCGUUCCUGGGCUCGGGGGUGGUGGAGGGGCGGUUCUGUUUCGCAUCGGAGGGCUGAGGAGCCAGAGGCACCCAUGGCUGGCUGCAUCCCCCGAGGCCCAGGCAUACGGAUGCACACAUAGCUCGGUCCCUGUAGCCUUAGCUGGAAGGAGGAUGGAGAGGACCUGAGAUCUCUGAACGUUCCAGGGGCUGAUCUCUGCUCGGAGCAGCGCCUGGGCUUGGGGGCUUCCCUGGCCCUCAGCCUCCAGGCACCCCCAGGAUUCCCAGACAGACACUGUGAUUGGCAGGAGGCAGGAUAUCCCCAGGGAAACCCAUCUUCACGCCUGGGUGACCCCCGCUGCCGCCUGCUUCUUAACUCUGCAGGAAAUCAGUGUUGGCAGCCUUCUGUGGGAGGACGGAGCCGGUUUCCAUGGCAACCGUAGCUGCCUCCUGGCUUGGAAGGGAAGGAAGAAGGCUGGCAGAAAUAGAUGCAGGAAGAUCUCUCGUGCAAGGCUGUACCCCAGUGUGCUGGGGAAAAGCCCUUAUCUUCCCCCUGCCAAACCACGGUGGCCCUGUCACUGGGACUAGAUUCUCACCUAUGUUCCCAAAAAGGCCAGUUCCUUUUAAAGGUGGCACCUCCCUGGAGCCACAGAUAUUAGGAAGAGAUGGUUCUCCCACCAGGCAGCCCCAGCUGGUACCAGAGAUAUUGAAGUAGAGCUGGGGGGACGAUGCUUUAAACCCUCCCUUAUUUUAAUCUUUAUUCUCUCCCUCGCCCCCGUUUUCUUUCUUCUUUUUUAAAAAAAUCACUAUAAAUAUAAGGUACAGAGUAAAGCAGGAAAGAUGAGUGUGCUAGCUCCUUGCUACAGGUUACUUAGGAAGGUACCCGGACAUCAUUGUAUUUCUUCAUACUUUGCUUUAGAAUCACAAAAUUGCAGGACACGUGUCAGAAAUGCUUUAGGUCGACCUAACGAAGUGUUUCCUCCCUUAUUGGCAUGAUUAUGGUUUUGUUUUUGCUUUACUUUGUAUUGUAUUUACCAGAUAUUUUCCUUUAAAACAGACUCAUUGUUUAAACUUUAAAUUUGCUUAAAAAGGGAACUUUAUUCCACCACUGCCAGUAAGGGACAACAUGUAUCACUCGCUGCCAAAAAUAGAAAGUGGCUGUGAAAAAUACAUUUGCUGGGGGGCGGGGUGGUGGUGGGACAGCCUCCUUGCCCGUGUCGCCAAGGCUCAGAGACUGAGCUCUGUCUCUUCUGUUAUAAAAUGAGACAAGCAAUUGUUGCAGAGGCGUUAGAGCCAGGCCAGCACCACCCCGAGACUUUCUCUUGGACAGUCCUGGGCAGGAAGAGGAGUAAGCUGCUCACUGCAAGUCCCAGCGCCACCCAGGGUCUUCUCCUGUUGCCAGCUGGCCCUGCCCACAAUGAGCUGGGGACAUCCCACCUGCCCAUUCUCCAGAUGGAGAAACAGGCUCUGGGAGUUGAAGUGUUUUGCCAAAGUCCUUGAUCUUGGGGUGUGUGUGUGUGUGUUGUUUUUUAAAAAUAAACACAAUGUUUUGGGAGUAGCAGUGAUGAUUAUGCCUUGCUGUUUUAAUAAAGAAUUCUAUUUUCAUAUAAUAUUGUUGAACGGAAAUGUGCUGAAAUGUAUUAAACCAUCCUUGUUUAUGGAA